AUGGCGCCGAGUAACAGAGGCUGGGCGAUGAUCGAGAUCGUCUCGGUCUUGGUGAGCCUGUGUUUGAUAUCGACUGUGUUGCGAGUCUUUGCUCGAUUGAGGCGGAGAGUUGGCUUCGGAGUGGAUGACUAUCUCAGUAUGGGAGCAAUGGUGCUGAUGAUUGGCAUGUUGAUCGAGUUGAUUCUUUGGUGUGCAAUUGGCGGCAACGGAGCCCACGCCAAAACAUUAGGCCCUAAGACCACCAUGAACUACUGGAAGAUCUUCCUCGCCAACCAAUUCACCUACUUCAUUCUCUGCCCCGCCAUCAAAAUUAGCAUAAUCUGCUUCUACCGCCGAGUCUUCACAACACCCAAGUUCCAAAAGGCCUCCUUCGCCCUCAACACCCUGAUAGCAGCCUGGGGCACCGGGAUCUUCCUCGCCUGCGCAGGCCAAUGCCGACCGCUCCGUGCCUACUGGGACAAAUCCGUCGAAGGAACCUGCUUCAGCGCAAACGAAUUCAUAAUCGUCAACCAAGCCUUCAACAUCCUAAUGGACUUUGCAAUCCUCAUCCUCCCCAUCCCAAUGAUCUGGAACCUGCACCGCGCCUGGCAAGACAAACUAGCCCUAAACGGCGUCUUCGCACUAGGCGCCUUCGUCUGCUUCGCCAGCAUCUACCGCAUCGUCGUCCUCUUCUGGAUCAGCCCGGACGACCCCACCUACACGGUCUACCAAGCGACAUUAUGGACGCACGUCGAGCCGGCUGUGGGCUUGAUCUGCUCCAAUUUGCCCAUUAUUCGCGGUCUCUUCCCCGCGUUGAAGUUGAAGAGCUCACGGAAUGGUACCAAGCCUGCGUUUAUCAAUACCGAUUACUCGAACUCCAUGUUCUUGUCCAAGGGGUCGCCGCGUUCGCCUGAUUUGGAGUAUAUGAAGAUGCAGGCGGGCCUUUAUAAUGCUAAGGUUGAGAGUCCUUCGCCUGGUUUCCUUGGGUCGGAUUUGAGGCCGUUGAAUAUUAAUGUUCAGACGGAUAUUUCUAUCUCGCCUGAUAAUGGCUCGCAGACUACGCUGACACGUUGA